ACCUACAUACAUAAAUAGUCAGAAAUGUCAAAAUGUCUGCUUUGUUAUGGUUUAAAAUCUAGUAAUUUGUGAAAAAUGGAUAAGACUUACGUAAAGUCAACAAUAGAAGGAUUGAAAUCCACUUCAUCGGCUCGAGUCCAAGAAGCUUUGUUGAAAAUAAGAAGUAAAAUAAUUACAAAUGACGCUGGUAUACAACUUUUUAGGCAAUGUGGUGGAUUAGAUUAUUUAUUACCACAUUUGCGUAAGCCUAAUGAGAGAAUUCUCGAUAUCACUUUAAGUAUUCUUGGAAAUUGUUGUCUAGAAGAAGAAAGCAGUCUAGCAGUUGGCAAGUCAAACUCAUUUGUACCUUUGGUAUCUAUACUAAAGACAGUAUGCCGUGACAGUAUAGUAGGAAGAGCCUGCCGUGUAAUAGGGAACCUGGCACAAAGAGUCAGCAAUGCAGAAAGCCUUCACAACCAUGGUGCAGUCACAGCAUUGGUUGCUCUCAUUGAAAACAGAGAUAAAAAUACAUCAUAUCCUACCCUUACAAUGGCAGUGAGGGCCAUCAGGCAACUUUGGAUGGUUAUAGACAAAAGGGAAGAGAUGCUAGCCAUUAAUACAGUUCGCUGUAUUGCAAUAUUGGCCACAACUGAGUGUGAAUCAGUGGGUCUGAUAAAGUCAACUAACCCUAUCAAAGAAACUGAAGGUUUAAGGAAGAGCCAGGAAGAGUUAGUGAUUGGGAUACUCAAAUGCCUUGGAUAUUUUACUAUGCAUGCAACGGCUCAGUGUGCAGAACAGAUUCAAGGAGAUGGUAGAGGAUAUCAAUGUCUUGUAGCAUUGACUAAGUUGUAUGAAACCUUGGCACUGAAAUGUUUGAUGAAUCUUUGUUACCUUUCCCCAUGCCGACCACUUCUAGGCACAGCAGGUUUAGUAGAGUGCCUUGUGGGGAUACUUCAAAAAAUAUCAGAGGUAUGUUGGUGGCCGGAGGGCGCCGCCCGUGCGCUGGCGCAGCUCAGCGGGGAAUCGGUCAACCGCUCGCGUCUGCGCCACUGCGGCGGCCUGCCGCUGCUGGUGGCGGCGGCGAGGGAGCACCCGUGCGCUAUGCAUGCCCUCUUGCAGUAUGUCUUCGACGACACAUCAUUCCAAAUUCUCGUCAAUGAAGGACUUAUCAGUCUACUAACAAACGAGCUAACUAAAUACCUUGCUACUAUGACUAUAGAACACAAUAACACGGAACAACCUGACAUGUUGAAUGAAAAAAUAGAACCUCAAAUAACUAAAAAAUCACCAACUGAAGUAAAAGUAGAUGUACCACAAGAAAAAGAGAUAACAAAUAAUCUUGAGCCAAAAAAUUUGUUUCUGCGACGCAAGAGUCAUUUAGCUAAAAACGAAGAUGAACUGAAGGUAGUGAUAGAAAGAGACAACAUGAUAGUCGGUUUCAUCGAUGCGGUCGAUAGCGACGCCAGCGACGAAAGCCAGAGCGAAGACGACUGUGCCAUUCCAAAACGUAAAGGUACCAAAAGAGCUAGAUCGGGAAGCCCAAAAUCUUCUCAAAAUAAAUCGCAGCUGAUCAAAAUGGCAAGCAAAGAUUGGUCUGCCGGCGUAUAUUGGGAGCCGAAAAGCCCCGAAUGGCCCGUCUCGUCUCAACCGUCCGGGUCUCGCGGCGCUCUAAGUCCAGAUAGAUCCGAAUACGGACCCCUGUCUCCGUAUUCCGACGGCAACCAAUCUGGAUUUAGUCCAGAGUAUAGAGGAUUUUCAAAUAAGCGGCCCCGAUGGGAUUUGAGUCCGGAGUCUGGAUUCAGUACGGGAGAAGGGAGUUCAGCCUCGCCCUAUUGGACUGAGUAUCAGUGGAGUCCCAGCAGCUCGGGAAGUCCUACCUCUCCAUUUAGUGUAAAUGAAGACAGUUCAGACUCUGAGAUAUCAGGGCGGUAUUCGCCCGUGUGCAGCGAGACUGACGAGGGGGUGGAGCCGGCGCCGCGGAGCUCGGCUGCGGAGCUGGACGCCGCUCAGGUGGCGCACGACCUCGACGAUCUCAUCAUGGAGGAUGACGACAGCGUGGACGAGGAUACUCCUCUGUCUGAAGAGGCAAACAAAACAGACAUGAGCACGAAAACAUCCCGUAUUGCUUGCGUAUUGGUGCUGCUGUUCCGAGUGUCCCACGGCGCGUGCACGGCGCUGGGCGCGCGCGAGGAGCCCGUGCCGAACCACACCAUGGAGCUGCUGACCGGCAAGGAGUGCCUCAACGCUCUGCUGGACUAUGUGGAGCGCUGCAAGAGGCCUUUGGGACGAGCUGCUAGGAUUCUCGCUAGAGUUUUGAGUAACGCGCUAUGUUUGAUGAACAUACUCAGACACCGGCUAGCCCUUAGACUACACAAUAUGACUGUUAAUUCCAAACACCCACCAGCCAAAUGUCAACAAUGCAAACAGAUUGUAAGACUGAGUGCGAAACUGUUAGUCCAACUGACCAUUCUCGCCGAGUCCAGCUACGGUAUUGGUGAAAUUAGCUACCAGCUGCUGAAAGGAAAUUCUUCUAUGAAGCAAACGCUAGCUUUGACGCUACCUUAUAUUGUAAGGACUGAAAAACCAUUGAAAAAAUACUUCAUAGACUGCAGCGCCCUGAACUUCCUGUUCGCAAACAUCACAGAGUCUAAGGAAGACAUCGAAGACUGUGUCACUGCCAUAGUUAAGUUAGCCACUAAUGUAAAUAUAAAAGAUCCAAAAACCCUAGAAAAUAGAUUCAAAGAUCAAAUCUGUGUCAGCUACGACCCUAUUCUAGAUAACCUUUCAGUAGACGAUAUUGUCACUUUCCAAUUAGAUGAUUUGUCAACAGUAAAAGCAAAUAAAAUAUUCCUAUGCCAAAAUUCUGAAUACUUUAGCGCUAUGCUCAUGGGUCGUUUUAAAGAAUCUGUGGAAAGCUGUGUGCGUUUGACUGAUGUAUCGAAACCUGGGCUUGAAUAUCUUUUUACUUUGUUGCACUGUGGUUUAAACAACUCCAAGAGUGAUAUUCAAGUGUUUCCUGUGGCUGACAACUUAGAAACGAAUUUAGAAGUUCUAUUAUUAGCAGACAGAUAUCUGCUGGACAAACUGAAGGAGCUACUGAGUAGUGCUAUAUUGCAAUUUCAGUUGACGCCAGAAAAUGCCGAUAAAAUUUACGUAUGGUCUUUAAGUAAAGGCAUGGGCUUUUUGUGUGUGGAAUCUGUUGCGUAUUUGCUGACUGGGAAAAUGUCCGAGGCGGCGCGUGCGCAGUCGUUCAAAACUAUUCUUAGCUUGGAAUAUAAAGAUCAGUGGUUGGACGAUAUCAAAUCUAUGAUUCGAAGGCAGCUCGUGAAAUGAAUAGCUGCAAUUAUUAUAAUUAAAAACGCAAAGUGUUUGUUACAUACAAUCUUUACCUUACAUUUUGCUUGCAUUGGAUUAACUAAGUUACCACCGUCACAUCAUCUCUAUAUUAUUUGUGUACUUGGUCUAAAAGAUUUUUGACCGAAUUUUUAUGAAUGAUGAUCAAUGAGUUCAUUAUAUUUGUAUAUAAUGUAUUAAUGUUUUGAAUGUAUAUAUAGUGUAUUGAAUGUAUAUAUAGUGUGUUUUGAAUGUAUAUUCAUAGUAAUUUCUUGGCAAUUAACAGGGAACGUAGGUAUGUUAAAUUUAAGUAUUGUUAUUUCAUUGCCAUGUGUAAGCAUUUAUUUAAAUAAAGUGAAUAUUUUUUUUU